AUGGAUAAUAUAAUUUCAGCUGCUGAAUGUUUCAGGGAUUUAUCAAACAACAACUUGACAGGACCAAUUCCAGACUUUUUGUCUGAAUUGCCAAAUUUAAAUAUCCUUUUGUGCGAAAACCCAAAUCUAGCCGAGCAAGUUUCUUGUGGAUUGAAGAAGAAGAAACAACAGCACACGUCUGUUACUCCAGUGUUUACGUACUCCGAGAUACAGAAGAUCACCAAUAACUUUGAGAGGAUUCUUGGCCAAGGAGGAUUUGGAAUAGUUUAUCAUGGAUGCAUAGGAGAAACUCAAGUAGCUGUAAAGAUUCUUCACCAUCUUCGGUUCAAGGGCCUCAAGAAUUUCGUGCAGAGGCACGUUGAUGUUCUUGUGAGAGUUCAUCAUAUAAACUUGACAACCCUUGUAGGGUAUUGCAAUGAUAAGACCAACAAAGGGCUUGUUUACGAGUUCAUGGCCAAUGGAAACUUACGAACAUAUCUUUCUGUUUCAGAUAGCAGUGCAAGUGUCUUGACUUGGGAAGGUAGACUACAAAUAGCAAUAGAUUCUGCACAAGGAUUGGAGUAUCUACACUAUGGCUGUAAGCCACCCAUAAUCCACAGGGAUGUAAAACCAUUGAACAUCUUGCUCAAUGAAAAUUUCCAAGCCAAAAUAUCUGAUUUCAGCCUAUCCAGAAAUUUUCCUACAGAGGAUGGUUCGCAUAUAUCGACGCGUGUUGCUAGAACUCCUGGGUACCUUGCCCCUGAGUACUACUUAUCAAACAGGUUAAAUGAGAAAAGCGACGUCUACAACUUUGGAGUCGUACUGUUGGAGAUUAUCACAAGUAAACAUGUUUUGUCAAAAACGCAUGAUCACAUAAGUGAUUGGGUUGCUUUCAUGCUUGGAAAGAGAGACAUUAAUGGGAUCUUCGAUUCGAGGUUAGAGAGAAACUUCAAUGUUAGCUCUGGCUAG